CAAAAGGGGGGCGUUCUGCAUUUUCAGUGGUUCACGGGUGUCACGAUGAAGCUCGUUCGGUUCUUGAUGAAGUUGACAAAUGAGACCGUGACCAUCGAAUUGAAGAACGGCACGGUCGUGCACGGCACGAUCAGCGGCGUGGACAUCAGCAUGAACACGCAUUUGAAAGUGGUCAAGAUGACCGUCAAGGGCAAGAACCCUACGUCCCUGGAUUCGCUAAGCAUCCGCGGCAACAACAUCCGAUACUACAUUCUCCCAGACUCGCUGAACCUUGACACACUGCUCAUCGACGACAGUCCGAAACAAAAGGUCAAAGCAGGAUCGGCGGCCGCCGGUGGUGCCGCCGCAGCUAAAGGAAGAGGCCGUGGGGGACGAGGGCGUGGUCGUGGACGGGGUCGCCCAUAGGUAGCUUACUUAGGCAUAUAUGACGAGACGAAGGCUCCGUUAAAUCAAGCUGGUUUAUAUGACAUGUCGUUGCUACGUACGCAACAAUCAUAUUCAAACCAGGGCCAGAUGUGAUCACAGUCAAAUAAACAGUAUGCAACAUCGCC